AUGUCGGAAUCGACCACCACAUCCCAGCCGUGGUCUCUGGCCGGGAAAACAGCGAUUAUCACAGGAGGUUCGCGAGGAAUAGGACGAGGGAUCGCGAUCCACUUUGCGCGAAAGGGCAUUGCCAAUAUUGCCAUUACUUAUGUCUCGAAUCAGGCAGCCGCGGAGGAGACCCUGAAAGCCUGUCGCGAGCUCGGCGCUCAGCGGACGUGUAUGAUCCAGGCCAACAUGGUCGACCAUGAUGUCGGUCAGCGAGUGAUCAAUGAAGCCCUUUCUGGAUUGGAGGCAAAGACCAUCGACAUUCUGGUCAACAACGCAAUCUUGGGAAACGCCGAUAGACCUAAAGCGGUGACCGAGACGACACCCGAAGACUUCGCUGAGAUGAUGCACGCCAACGUGUUUACCCCUGUCAGCUUGACCGUCGCAUUCAUGCCCCACGCUCCAGCGUAUGGCGGACGAGUCAUCAACAUCUCUAGCAUCGCUGGCAAGCAAGGAAAUAGGGACCCAAUCAUGACCUACGGCGCAAGCAAGGCUGCUCUGGAGAGCUUUACAAGGUCCUUUGCAGAGCAGUAUUCCGCACAAAAGGGCAUGACGUUCAAUAGCGUCAGCGUUGGCCCAACGGCGACUGACGCCUUCGAAAAUGCUAAGAAAACCUUCCCCGCAGACUUUCUCGACCAACAGGUCAAAGACAUCACAGCAGCAGCUAGGAUUGGUGAGCCGGAGGAUAUCGCGUACAUUGUUGGCUUUUUGGCGAGUGAGGAGGGUCGCUGGGUGAAUGGUGCUGCUGUGAGUGCGAAUGGUGGUCACAAGAGUGUGUUGGCAGCUUUCGGCUAG